UGUUCACCCGCCUCUUUUUGACUAUUCUCUCACUUUUGUACACAGAUUACGGAUAACUACAGAUUUUCCACUGCCACAAAUGACGGAUGAAUUCUCUCAAAAGCAAGGCAUCCUAGAAGCAGAGGCAUCUUCAUAUUGCUAGUGUUUUCUAUAUUUCUUCCAUCUCUGUUUUCCCCCUUCUGUUUUUCUGUCAUCUGGGGCUACAACAAUGUCAUCUGCAAUAAGGGAAAGUGGGAGGGCAUUGGCAGAGGCCACCUGCCAUGGGAUUGUUAGAAGGAUGGUGAGCCUUCCAAGAAGCAUCAUAGGGGGGGUUUCCAGAGUGAUGGGUCAUGGAAUAGACCUCAUGGGAAUCGGUGGAAGGCGUAAUCAGCAUCUGCUGCAGCCUAAUUUCCAGUUGCCCCAUCCGCAGCAGCCUGAAAUGGUUCCUGAAGAGUGGGCUUUUCUGACUAGUUUUGAGCAGCAGUAUGGCUCCAGCCAUCCCUUUUUCUAUGUAUGCCGCUUCACGGAUGCUCUCAAGAUGGCAGAAGACGAUCACAAGUUCUUGUUCAUGUAUCUCCACUCGCCCCAACACCCAUUCACAUACUCUUUCUGCAGUGAGACCCUGUGUUCAGAGCUGGUUACACAGUUCCUUGAUGCCAACUUUGUUUCCUGGGGAGCACUCUCAGAUAGAGGAGAGGGUUUGCACAUGGCUGCCACACUGAGGCCUGGCAGCUUCCCAUUCUGCGCUGUGGUAGCUCCUGCUUCGGGUGAUAGCCUAGCAGUCCUGCAACAGAUUGAAGGGCCAAUUUACCCAGCUGAAUUGGUGGAGAUUCUACAAAGAACAAUGGAGGAGCAAGGGCUGGCUUUUGGCAGCAGCUCCAGGGCCGUGGAGGAAGAAAAGCGGAGAGCAGAUCGUCGGCUGAGGGAAGAACAAGAUGCAGCAUAUCUUGCUGCUCUUCAGAUAGACGAGGAAAAAAGUAGACCCACAGAUUUACGCUCAGAACAAGUAGUCCAGAAAAAACCAGUACAAGCAGCAAAGCACAAUCCCUCAAAGAAACAGACUGGUAAAAAGGUGAAAGAGGCCACCACCGUCACAGAAACUCCACACAAUGAAACUGCAAAUGAAGAAAAGGAUUCAAGGGUCACCCAGAUACUGAUUCGGUUUCCAAAUGGGGAAAGAAGGGAGCAUAGCUUCUCACUCAUGGAUAAAGUCCAGUCGGUUUACAGGUACAUUGAUUCUCUGGGCUUACCCGGAGUGGGAAACUAUAGACUGAUAUCAAGCUUCCCAAGAAGGGUCUACGGUGUAGAAGAGAUGGGAAUGACUCUCAAAGAUGCUUGCCUUCAUCCUAGAGCAAGCCUCUUCCUUGAGCUUCUGUAACAUACUUGUAUGGCAAUUUCCUAUACGAUCUUAUGCCAUAAUAUGUGAGACAUGCUUUUCUUUUCUUGUUAAUGAUGAAUUCAUGAUCAAAUUCUUACUCAUCUGGCUCAA